AUGAAUCCCUCCUCACUAUUGCCGGAUUCAUUUGCCAUGGAUUGUCCAGUCACUACUGAUGGGGAUUAUAUCAACUCCCAUGUGACGGGAUUCCCGACCGACGACGAAGAUAGCAGCCAACGAGUCGGAGGGUUCUCCUCAAUGCCUGUCACCAACGGCGUGCGAUACCACGCACAGCAGCCUGCGAUGCAAGACUUACAUCAACCACCUACUGGCAUGUCUACUACUAUGCAGGCUCCUGGUCACGCUGUGAACUCGAUUCCAGCUUUGAUGGGACGUAGCAAUGCCUAUUCGAACUCAUAUACGCUCCACCGGGGCAUGGGGUUGCCACUGACCGGUGUCAAUGAUGUUUCUCGCGCUCAUGGCUUUUCGGGUACUCCACGAGGUUUGGAUGGCCUGGACCGCACUCAAACAGCACUGUUUCAACAGCCGCAGCCAAUAGUGGAAUCUUCCCACCGUUCACAGGCUCAAGUAGAGGCCCCGCCAUUUGAAGAGACGAAUGUUCUCGAGUCGAUUGUGGCAGACUUUGGAACGAGUCAGCAAAUAUUGAAACCCGAUGUCCAAGCCAAGAUUGGACGAGGCUUCUUUGCAUCGGAUGGAAAGUGGACAUGCUAUCGACGAAAUUACUUCGCCGUGACUUGCAGUUUCAGUUUUCAACCCUGGCCUUCAACUGUUCCGCUCUAUAUUCGCCAUUCAGACCAAACAAUGGAGCCGAUUAGGGGCUUUGCAAUGUCUAUCUCGGCUAUUGUCAAUGGUCAAUAUGGGGACACCCGGGAGCUGGUGCAGCAUACGCCGAAGCGGGAUAAGCAAUCCGAGCGCAAGCCGGGCCGCGUGGUCCUUCAACCGUCGCCGCCACAAUCGUUAAUGGCAGGGGCUACUGGAAAUGGCACACAUGGCUUUUCACUUGGUUCUCAAUCCCUAGACUAUACGUCGGCCUUUACCGGAGCACCCCAGCCUUGUCAGCCGCCACAGUCUCAUAUGUUCGAGCGGAUUCAAUUCCAGAAGGCGACGGCUAACAAUGGGAAGCGGCGCGCUCAACAGCAAUAUUAUAAUCUGGUGGUCGAGCUUCAUGCAGAGGUUGCCGGCCCGGUUAGCGGAGAAUCUCAGUGGGUUCAGAUUGCCCGUCGACAUUCGCACCCGAUGGUUGUACGAGGCCGGUCACCAGGUCAUUAUAAAGACGGACGGCGGGAUAGUACGACGAGUAUGGGACCGGAUGGGGGCAGUGGAGAAGGACCCGGAGGCUCUCUACCUCAUGGAAUGGGGCAAGCGACUCGUUCGCAUCUACUGCUUUAUGAUUCUGCCCAUCGUGGAGGUUUGCCCUAUGGCCGAACGGACUAUCGCCAGAUGACAACAGCUGAACAUUCUCCAUUGAGCGAUAGUCCACUUGUUUCCUCCUCGUCGUCAUCUGGGUUUGACUAUUCUAUGCUCAACGAUACGAUGGAUCCCAUGGAUACGCUAAAGACAUCUUCUACCCUCGACCCCUACCAAGACCCUGUCUUUACCGGUGUUACCAACCACCACCGACCCAGUGCGGGCGGUUAUGAUCCGGUCUACUCAACGUACGGCCGCUACGACCCGAUUCAGAACCCACAUAGCCUGUGUACCUAA